AUGGCCCACACAGCUUCUCCAUAUGUGCUCGCUCCUCGGUUACCCGAUUCUUCAGUCCGCGUCAACCUUAACGACUACGCCGCUACCGCUAAGGCACACGCCACGUCAAGAAAAUACAUGCACGACCUAUUUCCAGGCCAGAAUAAGCCGUUGCCUCUCCCAAAAGAUACCGAAACGCAGAACCGACCCGUUUACGCAAAGCCAUCCCACAGUUCGCGCCAACGACAUGUCUUGGAAGAGCGGCUCGCCCCGAUUCGAGCCUCAGAGGACUCCAUCGACCGACGAUCACUAGAAUGCCUAAUUAUGCUCGAUGAAUCACCGGUCCGCGGACCUCAGAGGACGAUGAUGACUUCGAAUCCUGUCCCAGCACCUCUCAACGUCACCAAGCGUACUCCUUCUCUUACGCGUAAAAACAGCACAACACAGCCACCGAUUGAGCGGACACGCUCAGUGAAAGCUCCUAGCCACACAAACGUGACAAGGCGCUCGCUACUCCAGCUUCCACAAGGCCUACUGGGGCAUAUACUGGCUUACGUUUUUGCCGAAGAACGUGCUGUAUCAAUCACACCAUAUCAAUCGCGGGUUACACCGCAGCGCUACCGACAUCGCCAUGGUCCCAAUGCUGUGGAUAUCCGAUCCGUCAUGAUGCACCCUGCUCUCCGCGUGUGCCAGCAAAUGCGCGCAAUGGGACUAAACAUUCUUUACCGCGACAGCCUGUUUCUCAUCGACUUGUGCGAUGCUCGCAGCGCUUCACAUUCACACGAAAAGGACGCGGGCGGCAAACACUGGGACUGUUGGACAAAUGGCAAACCACCUCAAAUGGUCCAGUCCGUACUCACAAACGCGUGCAACCUGCGCUUCCAGCUGCCCGUCUCCGGCAUAGAAACGGGACCGUUGCUCGGGGCGGUAAAGCGGAAAAAGGACAACCACGAGGACGGAUGCGUUGUCGUGGAAUCUCUGCGCAGCAUCGCAACGCUGAUUACCGGUCUACCAACGGUUCUGCAAGCAGCACGGCCGCGGUCAUCAAGUCCAGUCGCACCAAAAGCGCUGCGGCGCAAGCUGAGCAUUCGCGGGCUGAAGCGCCAUGACUCGCUGGAAUUCGUGUGCCGAGGCGAUAACGCGCUCCAAUCUCCGCCGCCGAGGGAGCCGCUCAGUACGCUCGAAGUCGUCCUCGUAAAACCGGGUGCGACGGCCGAAGUACACCCCCAGACGCUCGAGAUGAUUGCAAUCUGCAGCAGCAUCCCCGUCUGGGACAACCUCGAGUACCACCUCGAGCUCGAAGGCGUGCGUAAGCUCUGGGCCAAGCGCACAAUGGGAAAGUGGUUGGGCAGUGAACCGGAUGCGGGUAAAUUGGUGCUUGAUCUUCAGGCCCUGGGCUAUCCGCGCCCCAUGACUGAGUCGUCGCCGCAGAAUUCCGGCAGGGUAGACAUGUUUCACAGGCACAGAUCGAGACCGACGCAGGACUCCAUCGAUGGCCUCACGCAUAGGUAUCUGCAGGCUCCCUCAAAAAGUAGUCGAAAUCAAAGAGCAUCCAAAGAGGGUACCAUGGCUCGGAAAAUGCGGGAAAUGGAGAGCCUUUCCAAGAUGUCGCUGCUACGAGGGGCCAAGCAGCCGCCGGCAGUGGAAGAGAUUCAGCGGAUUGCAUCGGAUAUCCGGCGAGGAACGCACUAG